AUGGAGGAAAUGUCAAAGACAUCAAUGGCCUCCAUCUCCACCUCCAGGGACAAAAACAUGGCUCUCGAUGAUCAAAAUGGUUUGCCCAUGUUGAAGAAAAGAAAGCGCUCUGCCGGAAUGCGCUUUCUCAAGGCUGUGCUUUACAUGUUGCAGUCGAAAUCAAGCAAAUCAAAAUCACAAUCCAUUCAGGUUAAUGUGGCUUCCAACUUCUCCUGGAAGGGGCUUGUAGGGUCAAUGCGUCCAAUGCAUUUACAAAGCAACCAAUCCCCACCCCCACCCAUCGAUGCCAAACCUGCAAUCAUGCCUGAGCUUGAGCCUAUAUCCGUUGGCGAACAAACAGAGGAACCUAUUACGCCGCCCUUGUCUCCAAUGACAUACUUCUCGCCUCAAUCCCCAUCCUCUUCCAUUUCAUCGACUUACGGCUCCGCGAAUGACCUGACCCAAUACGACUCACCUUCGAAUCAAGAAAUUCAUGUUAUAAAACUUUGCGAAGGAAUCACCGAACAGGAAUGCCGGUACGAUGAUGAGGCUGGCGACGAGAUGAUUGAUGCCAAGGCUGAAGAAUUCAUAGCUAAUUUCUACCAUCAAAUGAGGCUUCAAAACUUGAAUUGA